AUGUACGUAUCUGCUAUUUUGCCAAAGCUGUUGGCCAUCACUAUCACAGGUGACACCAGCAUAACGUUCUCAGGCUGCAUUACACAGAUAUUUAUAUUUGUUUUCUGCAUUGAUACAGAAUUUUUACUACUGACCUCUAUGGCUUACGACCGCUAUGUGGCCAUCUGUAUCCCACUGCAUUAUCCUCUAAUUAUGAGCAAAACGGUGUGUGCUCUGUUUAUCACUGUAUCUUGGUAUGGCGGCAUCCUGAAUGCAUUUGCUUUAUCCUUGAUUUCAUCUGAUUUAACCUUCUGCAAUAAACAAGAAAUCAACAAUUUCUUCUGUGAUGUAAUAAUAUUACUGAAGCUCUCUUGUAGUGACAUCACAUAUAUUAUUAAUUUAUUUACACUAGUUGAAGGCACAGUAUUUGGUUUGUUACCAUUUAUACUCAUAAUGAUUUCCUAUAUCUAUAUCAUAGCCACCAUCCUAAAGAUCCGAUCAUCAUCUGGAAGACUGAAGACCUUCUCCAGCUGUUCCUCCCAUCUCACAGUUGUUGUACUCUUUUACAGAACUUCUAGUAGCUUGAAUAUGAAAUCUAAGUCAGAACAUUCUCUGGAAAUAGAUAAACUGCUCUCCAUAAUUUACACUGGCAUGGUUCCCAUGGUAAAUCCACCGGUUUAUAGUCUGAGAAAUAAAGAGGUUUUAAAGGCUAUGAAAUCUUUUUUGAAACAAAAUUGA